AUGCGCGCUCAGGGCUCUCCCGUCGGCAGGAUGUCAGCAGCUGGCCUGAUUGUGGCAGGCUUGCUGAGCGUGGUGAGGGUCGACGCUCGUCCUGCGUUGGCAACACCCUCGCCACUAAACGUGCGGGCGUCCAAGUCCCCCGGUUGUGGCAACACCACCAGGUGGAAGUUCGACGAUGACAGCCACCAUACCCGGAACACCACCGUUGGCAGCGACGAUCGCCAGUACCUCAUCCAUCUACCCGAGGACUACGACGAAGGCUCCCCCUCCCCCGUCGUCCUGUCUUUCCAUGGCGUGGGUAGCAGUUCGGAGAGCCUCGAGGCCGCAUCGCAGCUGUCGGAGUCGCGCCAACGCCUCGCGGACAAGGGCAUCAUUGCUGUGUACCCGCUGGGCAUGGAUGGCUCCGGCGGUGGCGCGUCCUGGGAGGGCGCACCGUACGAGGACCCUGACGCCAAAGACAUCAAGUUCGUCAACCUCAUCCUCGACGAGCUCGGCGACAAUCUCUGCGUGGAUACGAGCCGCAUGUACGCCUCGGGCUUCUCUAACGGUGGCGGCUUCACGCACCUCCUCGCCUGCACGCCGUCCGUCAACACGCGUGUCGCGGCGUUCGGCAUGGCAUCGGGCGCGUACUAUCCCGGGACGCACCCCGGGGAGGCGUGCCAGCCGGAUCGCCAGGUCCCAGUCGUGAUCACGCACGGUGACGAUGACCCUGUCGUCCACUUCGAUGGCGAGACGUCCGACGAUAGUGAUCGCGAGCUGCCCAACAUCAGUAACUUCUCCAAGAACUGGGCCGAGCGUGAUGGGCAUGGGAGGGAGGACUUUGAGUUCUCGCUGUUGAACGACGACGAGGACGUCCAUGUCUGGCAGUGGGGGGACGACGGAGAGGAGGGCCAGGUGCGUCGACUCCGGGUUGUGGGGAUGGGCCAUACGUGGCCAGCGGUGGGAAGAGCACCGUUCAAUCUGACGGAAGAGGUGCUAUUGCCCUUCUUCGAGCAGUAUACGAUCUGA